CUUUAUUUCGAUUGAGUGGGAGACGUGCGCUCACACGCAGUAACACGAAUCGACGUGCAAGUUAUGUAGGUGCAGCAAGUCGGGAUAAGAAGUUAUCAGACCGCUUGGCUUCGCCGUGGAGAGCAGAUGAAAGCCUGUAGCUGUGCUGGGUAAACCCCAAGCUCCUUGCUCUGCUCCAUCCCGAUGCAUCCACUUGCUGGAUUGUGUGGUAACGAGAACUAUGCCUGCAGUCGGCUGGAGCUCCAUCAGAGUGUCCUGAGUCAUCUUUGUGCCAUAACUGGAGCCGGCCGAUGUUUGCCACCAACAUGUCUGCUGGGGCAGAGCCCGACCCUCCACAGCUUGUGAACCCUCCACCUCCAGAGGUGACCAAUCCUAACAGACCAGGUCGGCGGACCAACCAGCUGAAAUACAUGCAGAAUGUGGUGAUGAAAUCCCUGUGGAGACACCCGUUUGCCUGGCCCUUCUACCAGCCUGUUGAUGCAGUUGCCCUUAAACUACCAGACUAUCAUAAGAUAAUAACAUCCCCCAUGGACAUGGGUACGAUCAAGAAACGCCUGGAGAACAACUAUUACUGGAGCGCAAGCGAAUGCGUGCAGGACUUCCACACUAUGUUCACCAACUGUUACAUUUAUAACAAGCCCACAGAUGACAUCGUGCUCAUGGCGCUCGCCGUGGAAAAGGUCUUUUUGCAAAAAGUCGCCUCGAUGGCUCCGAAGGAAGUGGAGAUUUCCCCUCCUGCAGCCAAAGGAAAAGGGAAAAAAAGCAGCCCUGCAGAAAACAGGAUUAGGCAUGAAAGUGCGGGCGGCUUUGAGGAGAAGGAGGCGCCAUGGGAUGAAAGGCGAAGCGGCCUGAGCGAGCAGCUGAAGUACUGCAGUGAUAUCCUGAAGGAAAUGCUGUCCAAGAAACACUCGGCGUACGCCUGGCCCUUCUACAAGCCUGUGGAUGCUGAAGCUCUGGAGAUACACGAUUACCACGACAUCAUUAAAUACCCCAUGGACCUCAGCACUGUUAAAAAAAAGUUGGACGCCGGCGAUUACCAGGACGCUCAACAGUUUUCUGCAGAUGUUCGACUAAUUUUCUCCAACUGCUACAAGUACAACCCUCCACAGCACACUAUUGUGGGGAUGGCCAGGAAGCUUCAGGGAGUUUUUGAGCAGAGAUUCGCAAAGAUGCCAGAAGAGCACGUGGGGUUGGUUGCAUCAGCUGAGAAGAGCAUAGCCUUCAGCGUGGUUAAUGGGAACAACUCCUCCAGUCUGGACAAACCGGAAUCAGCAGAUGAACGUGCAACUCGACUCGCUGAGCUUGAAAGUGUUCACCAGCAGCUUUCAAACUUGUCCCAGACCCCUUUCAACAAACCAAAGAUGAGCAGAGAAAUGGACAACAAGGAAGUUCAGACACAACAGAAAAUGGCUGCAAGCUACAGACAGUCGUAUAAACUCGGCAAAGACCAGGACUUGGAUGACGAGUCUUUGCUGAUGACGUAUGACGAGAAGCACCAGCUCAGUCUGGACAUCAACCGCUUACCUGGCAUGGAGCUGGGCCACGUGGUGCAGAUCAUCCAGACACGAGAGCCCUCCAUGUGCAGCUCCAACCCAGACGAGAUCGAGAUUGACUUUGAGGUGUUGAAGCCCUCCACUCUGCGAGAGCUGGAGCGCUAUGUCAGGUCCUGCCUGCACAAGAGGUUCAAGAAAUAUCAAAAGCAGAGCAGUCAGUCUGCAUCUCAUCCUGCCGGCAGCAGCAGUUCUUCAAAUUCUGCCUCCAGCAGCUCCGCUGACUCCAACUCAGAAGAAAGUGAGUCAUGAUCUCUGCGCUGUUGGACCGUCUCUGACCAAAAAGAAUGUUCAGAUGUGUUCAUCUGGUUUAUUUUUCUAUCAGUUGCCUUAUAUGUUCAGUUUGUUGAAUAAUAAAGGUUAUUGUUUUUG